AUGCCCAUAGUGGAACUGUUGGGUGUCCAAUUCGACAUGCAGCUGCUGUUGAAGCUGAGUCUCUCCAUGGCAGCUGUGCUUCUGGUCUCUUGGGCUUACAGGUUUUACAGUUCAAGGGAUGCACGGAAACUUCAGCUCCAUAGUAAAGACAGGCCACACCGGCAGAGUGAAGAACUUGAAGAACUGGCAGAGGCCUGCCAGAAUAUCUCACCCAAUAAUGAUACGAACAGCGGAGACCAGCAACGAAGGUCCAGCAUCACUGAUGACGACAGCCAGAUGCCUGACAGCGGCAGUGGCCAGUCAGCUGAAGAAGAUUCACACCAGACUGAAAUAGCUGAGAACAAACCCAACAUGGACCAAGACAUUAGCACAGAGGGAGAGAUACUAUCUCAGAGGGAGCAGGCAGAGCUUAACAUCAGUAAUAUUUCAUUUGGAUCUGCUUUGAACCUUCCUAGCGCUAGAGAUGGUGGGAUGGUCAGUCCAACAGGGCGCCGCUCCCCUUGCUUUCUACAGAGGAUAGAGGGCAGUAUGGGUAUCGGCCGGGUGUUAAGGCAGGACCUGGAGUGCCAGGGGGCCUACUCCAGCUUCCUCUCUAAAGCUGAGAUCAAAGUGGAGGAUGCCAGCCUGGUGUUGGAAGAAACAGGUAACCAGAUUGUGCGUGGAAAGAUAUAUGAUUACUAUGUGGAGUCUUCUUCUCACUCAAUUAGAGACUCGAACCCCAUGGUGGGACAGCAUCAGGGGAAAUCAUCCAGCUCACAGAUGGUGGAGUUUGGAGGCCACGGCAGCAGCCUCAAGGACCUUCCUUCCACGUUGACCCCCAUCAUUAUGCACGAUCUGGUUCUACCACAAAGGGCUGUUGAGGAACCCUCCACAUUAGUGAGUCCCAAGAUAAAGUCCCCUACAGGGCCAAUUCUCCUGCGCAAGGAGAGCUACCUCUAUGCAGCAGAGUACUCUGAGCUCCCCACCCCCUUUCCAACUUCAAUACCUUCGCACCUGAAUCACACCUGGGCCUCCCCCUGUGAGAAGCCCAUUUCUGCCAGCUCCUUGAUCACUCCCACUUCAGAUGGCAAAGGCCUCAACGUGUGGGAGGAGCCAACACUCGAGAAUUUAGCAGGGGCUCCAUUUUUACACCUACCAGCAGAAAAACAAGAAAGCAAAGAUUUGGAGGGUCUUAAGGGUAAGCUUGACUUGGGGAACUGCAUAGAAGUGCUUGGCCUGGCUAAAAAACAUUGCCAGUCCUCCCUACAGCAGGCAGUCCUGCAAGUAAUGUCAGACAACUACUUCCAGGUGCUCAGGGACCCCAGUCUAUUUGGCAGGCUAAUGGCAAGUGAGCGAGAGCAAAUCCAGAGACAGAGAAUGAGAGGACGGAGAUUUGUAGUCGUGGCUGACAUGGACCCGCAGGAUUGGGUGAGGAACACGGGAGGGCAGAAAAUAGAGAUAGAGCAGAGGAGGACAUCCAGCACGCUGUACUAUUUUGAUGAUCACAAAGACGCCUGGCACCCACUCUGCCCAAUCCCACUGGAGGUCAUCUCUAAAGCCUGUGCCAUGUGCACAAUGGACAACUACUUAUUUGUGGCAGUAGGCUGCCAGAGCACAGAGAGAGAGAUGAUACCUUCAAAGCAAGUGUUCUGCUUCAAUCCUGCAACAUCCAUUUGGAAGGAGAUCAGUCCCAUGAAUGAUGCAAGGCCCCACUGCAAACUGGUAGCUUUGCAGGGCUAUGUCUAUGCCAUUGGGGGGGAGUGCCUGUCUACGGUGGAGCGUUACAACCCACAGACAGACAGAUGGACUUUUGUGGCACCACUGCCCAAUGAUACUUUCGCCGUGGCUCAUCGUGCCACAGUGUGCAAUGGGGAGAUCUUUGUGUGUGGGGGAAGCCUUAGAUAUACACUUCUGCGCUACAACCCGAAAACUAACAUGUGGAGAGCAAGCUUGGUCGUAGGCAGCAAAAACAGAAGCACAGACAUGGUGGCUGUGAAGAGCUUUCUGUAUCGGUUUGACAUCAACCCAAUGCUGGGCAUCAGCGUGUACCGGUACCAUACGGUGGCUCGCCUGUGGUAUGAGUGCAGCACCAAACACCUACUCCACUGCCCCGCCUUCCAAUGUGUUGUGAUGCAGGACACCAUCUACUGCAUCAGUCGCCAGUUUACCUUGAGGUUCAUGGCUGAUGAGAUCUCCCCGACUUUCAUAGCCGAUGAUUUGAGUGUCCUCUCGGAGGCAAAGGGCAUUCUAUUCCCUUUUGUCCUCUCUCUCCCUGAUAAGAAGCCUCUCCAGACCAGUGUCUAA